CUGUGCAACUUUGCGACAACAUCUCCAGCUGUCCGAAACCAUGUCUGCCUCAUUGCAUGCUGCAUCCUACCCAAGUGAGUUUGAAAUCCGCUAUGGCGAAAUCAACGAUGGGACGUUUGGGGUCAACGGCUAGCCACGUGCCUUCAGGAUCCAUGACUCCGCACGUUGUUCAAUUGCGCAAGCAGAUGGAGCUGUGGAAUGCCUGACACGACAUGCUUCGGCCAACGUCAUCUGUCCAGGUAUCUGCUCCUGCUGUCUGAAACCCUUUGCUAUGAAGUGGCCGUCUGUGAACGAUAACCGGCAGAACGAACCUGUCUUUUCAACGAAAACAUGCCUCACCUCGACGUGCCGGGCGCAAGUCUCUACUACGAAACUGUCGGCAAUGGACCUCUGCUGUUGUGCAUCUCUGGUGCGAACGGCUCGGCUGACAUUUGGCGGAUGCUAGCAGGGCAACUAAAGUCUCAAUUCGCUGUGGCACUUUGGGAUCGUCGAGGGUUCUCGCGCAGCUACCUGAUCGGGGCUCAAGACUACGAUCAACGCAUCGAAACAGAUGCUGACGAUGCACGGUGCCUCAUUGAUCACCUUUCAAAGGACGGUACGGCCACCGUUUUGGGUAACAGCUCAGGCGCCAUCGUGUCUCUCGAACUUCUCUGUCGCCAUCCAGACGUCAUCAAGACGCUAAUCCCGCAUGAGCCUCCAGCGAUGAAAUUUCUGCCCGAUUGUGACGAGCUCUGGAGAGUACAAAAGAAUAUCUAUGACACUUACCGAAAGUCAGGCGUCGCACCUGCCUUGAUGAAGUUCGCCGACAUGAUCAAGGCCGGCGCCGAGAGGGAAGGGCUCGUUUCGAGAAUGGACGCCCGAGCAGGUCCUUUCGUCGCUGCCAAUGUCAUGUACUGGUUCGAGAGGGAGGUGAUGGUAUAUCCAUUUCGCCGCUUCGACGUGAAGGAGCUGGAGCAGCACAAGGAUAAGCUGCUUCUGGCUAAUGGUCGAGACUCCAACAAGGAAGCCUUGCAGUUCCGUGCAAAUGUCGUGCUCGGCCAUGAGCUUGAUUUGAAGGUGAACCUCUUUGCCGGGAUGCAUGUCGGCUUCGCAUCGCAUCCUGAGGAGUUUGCACGAGACUUAGUGCAGGCAUUGAGAGCCAAGAAUGACUUCUAUGCAACUCCAGGGAAAUAACCACGAUAGCUAGGUAAUGGAAGUCGGGGCAAAAUCCUGACACUCGAUCACUUCAACCACACCAUGGGAUUUGCAAGAGUUGCUGAGGUGGCUGCCUCGGCCUCAUAUGACCACCUAUAAGCUUACAACAGAAGUAUGCUAGUCCAUGCUAUUCUAGCACAUUCACUCUCUCUUCAGGCGACCUCCAGCC